AUGCGCGAUGCGCGGCUCUCGCAUAGAAUCACAUCUUAUCAAGAUACGAGACAGAUAAUUGAGGUGGCAUGUCCACUACCUUGACAAUUCCCCAAUAAGCUUUUCACCUGCUCAUUUGAUCAAGCCUCCCGCAAACAAAAUAAAAGCAACCAAUUGCGCAUCGAUUAAUUGAUUGCUCAAAUGCCCGAGUCAUGUCCCUGGGAGAAUGUUACCAGGGUCCGGGUAUGCUUCCCGUCGGGGAAGCUUCAAGGUUCUGCCAAUGACCGGGGAAUGGGACAACAUACAUAUGCAAUACCAAUGCGGAGCGGGAUACACUCGAGUCAUUCUCCGCAAUCCUUCUAAAAUUACCGCAAACAUCUCAAUGCUUGCAAGAGCCAGUUUCACGUAUGGCGAGAUGGGCAACGUUUUGGAUAUCUCGGCAACGGCUCCUACAAUUUCUGCUGACAAAGAAUUCAUAUUUCUUGACCGCAUCAAGAGAUCUCGAUUACUGAUAUGCCGGGCUCGGUAAUCAUCUGCCCUAGAGUAACAUUGAACCCCAA